UCCCCGCGGCCCUCCUCGCGCCGGGGCCGCUUCCUCCGGGUAGGAGGGAGCAAGGGAGCCCUCGCCGCGCGGCCCGCGAGCCGCCGCCGCCCUCGACCCGGGCAUCCCCGCGCGGGGGCCGCGGACUCGACUAGGCUGCCAGGCGCAGCGACACCGGGUCGCGGUGCGAGAGGCUCCUGACAGAAAAACGUGCGUGGUUGUCCCCACCCCUGGGAGGGGUUGCCGGUGCCGCGCGCGGCCGCCCAGUCGCCAGCUCUCUCUCCUGGGAGAAUCCGCCGCCGGAGGAAGGAGUGGACCCAACCUGGCCGCGGCGCAGAAGUGGCUCCCAAGGAAGCCGGCGCCGGGGCCGCCGCCUCGUGUCCCCUCGGGGCGCAGUGCUCGGGGGUCGGCGGGCCGGAGCCGAGGCGCAGCCGGGGAGCCGGGGGCUGCGGGGCCGAGCGGGCAGCCGCGCGAGGGGGCGGGCGCUCGGCGACCCGGGGGCCGGCUGGGCUGAGCCCCGCGCCCCAGGACACGGGCUGAAAGCGACGGAGGAGCGCUGCCGCGGGCUGCGGACCAGCGCCGUCCCCCCACGGAGCGGGGCUUCUGCUAUGACAGUUGGGCUCCCCGGAGGGUUAACCUGGGUGUCCUCGGCAAAGUUGUCGCCGAGCCGGGAGCCCGUGUAGGGGCCGCGGCGCCGCGGCUCGGGGGGCGGCCGGGCGGCCGGCGGCGGUCGUGGCUCGGCGGGGCCCGCGCGGCCGGGGGGCUCCUGGGGGUGUGCGCCCCCAGCCGGCUGCCCUCGUGGAUGCCUCCCGGCGGCGGCGGGCCCAUGAAAGACUGCGAGUACAGCCAGAUCAGCACCCACAGCUCCUCCCCCAUGGAGUCGCCCCACAAGAAGAAGAAAAUCGCGGCCCGGAGGAAAUGGGAGGUGUUCCCGGGAAGAAACAAGUUCUUCUGCAACGGGAGGAUCAUGAUGGCCCGGCAGACGGGCGUCUUCUACCUGACGCUCGUCCUCAUCCUGGUCACUAGCGGACUCUUCUUCGCCUUCGACUGUCCGUACCUGGCGGUGAAAAUCACUCCUGCCAUCCCUGCAGUCGCCGGCAUCCUGUUCUUCUUUGUGAUGGGGACCCUGCUCCGCACCAGCUUCAGCGACCCCGGAGUCCUCCCACGAGCCACGCCUGAUGAAGCCGCAGAUCUGGAAAGGCAAAUAGAUAUCGCAAACGGCACCAGUUCAGGGGGGUACCGCCCGCCUCCCAGAACCAAAGAAGUCAUCAUCAAUGGCCAGACCGUGAAACUUAAAUACUGUUUCACCUGCAAGAUUUUCCGGCCCCCUCGCGCCUCCCAUUGCAGCCUUUGUGAUAACUGCGUAGAACGGUUUGAUCACCACUGUCCCUGGGUAGGCAACUGUGUGGGGAAAAGAAACUACAGAUUUUUUUAUAUGUUUAUUUUAUCUCUGUCUUUUCUGACAGUCUUUAUAUUUGCAUUCGUUAUCACCCACGUCAUUCUUCGUUCACAGCAAACAGGAUUCCUAAAUGCCCUUAAGGACAGUCCUGCAAGUGUCCUGGAGGCUGUGGUGUGCUUCUUCUCUGUCUGGUCCAUCGUUGGCCUCUCAGGAUUCCACACCUACUUGAUCAGCUCCAACCAGACGACAAAUGAGGACAUUAAAGGAUCCUGGUCAAAUAAAAGAGGUAAAGAAAAUUACAAUCCCUACAGCUACGGAAAUAUCUUUACCAAUUGCUGUGUUGCCCUGUGUGGGCCCAUCUCACCAAGCCUAAUUGACAGAAGAGGGUACAUCCAGCCUGACACGCCGCAGCCAGCAGCACCCUCCAGCGGUAUCACCAUGUACGGGGCCACGCAGUCACAGAGCGACAUGUGCGACCAAGACCAGUGCAUUCAGAGCACCAAAUUCGUUUUGCAGGCCGCGGCCACCCCCCUGCUGCAGAGCGAGCCCAGCCUCACCAGCGACGAGCUGCACCUACCCGGGAAGCCUGGCCUGGGCACGCCCUGCGCCAGCCUCACACUGGGCCCGCCCACGCCGCCCGCCUCCAUGCCCAACCUCGCCGAGGCCACGCUUGCGGACGUGAUGCCCCGGAAAGAUGAGCACAUGGGCCACCAGUUCCUGACGCCCGAUGAGGCGCCCUCACCCCCCAGGCUGCUGGCGGCGGGCAGCCCCCUGGCGCACAGCCGCACCAUGCACGUGCUGGGCCUGGCCAGCCAGGACUCCCUGCACGAGGACUCUGUGCGCGGCCUGGUGAAGCUCAGCUCCGUGUGACCCGUGUGGCCCCAGGCUGGGGAGGCACCAGAGGCUCCUCCACAGGCAGCAGGAGUGAGCGGAGGGGUGUGCUCCACAGCGACUCCCCCAGCCAAUGCCACUGUGGAGAUAACAGCCCCAGGUCUGGGGGACAGAGACCACUUAGAACGGCACAGGGCGGCGGGCCCCGGAUGCUGAGAGCUUGGUUUCAUUUGAAUUUUCUUCCCCAACCUGAGUGCUUUGACACCAAUGGAAACAGAGAAGUCGCUGCUUUCUUUUGGUGGGCCUGGGGACGGGGACCCUCCAGGGGUAGAAUCGGAGUGUGUCUGCCCGCCCUCGUGACAGACACACGGAAGGCUUCUGACGCUUGUGGCCAGACUGCAACUGCACUUACGUGUUAUGCUACUAAUAUUUGAAACAGACAUGCCAUUCCAUUUGUUAAUUUAAAAAAAAGGAAAAAAAAAAUCCUAAAGGGAAAAAACCGACCAGGUGUGGAUCUGCAUGCCACGCUGCCGUCUGUGUUACAGUGGUGUUGCUGUUUCCAAGGAAGUGCUGCUUUCUUUUUCUUUUUUUAAUUUUGUGAAUUUUUAAGUGCUGUUUUGUUGGAAGACAGUGCAACGAACCGAGACUGAUGGACAGUGUCCUCACUCAGCUUAUUGGGCUGCGGCAUCUGUGGAAAGGUGGCACCAGGGCUGCAGAGGGUGGCUGGGGUUCCGUCGUGUCGGGGGUCAUUUCACCUUCUGUUUGGCCGCUCGAUGAGGUCUCGUGUUGAGGUAUUGUGUGCCGCGCCCCCCACAGUCUUCACCUCCGUGUGUGAUGAAACUUCCCGUGGACAGCCAAUAAAAUGACGUCCUCUGUUAUUUUG